GUGAUUCAGGAACAUAGAAGAUGUAUUGGACAGUUUUAAGGUGAUGGUAUACAUAACUUAGUAUACGAAUUUACAUAAGAAAUAUUGUUAUGUAUUCGGUUCAAUACUGUUCUUGGUUUUAGGUAAAUCAUGUUUUUCGGACGUUUGUAACGCAGAGUGGAUUUCUUUUCCAUUUCAGCUCGACCCGUCACUCUCCUUCUCUCGCAAGGUGACACCAGUAUCGACAUUUAAACUCGAUUUAUUUGGAUUGAAUUCUUGUGAGACUAAAAGCCAUGCAGCAGAUCAUACGAGCCAUUAACACUACGCUACUUUGUGGCUGCUAAUAUUUCGUGCUGGAUAAUUAUUAAUAAUUGUAAGUGGAGCUGCAACUGAUGAUUGUCUUCAUAAUCUGCUGACUUUUAUUUUAUUUUAAAUGAGACUAAGAAAUAUUCACAAAUGGUGUUUUCUGCAGCCAAUACAUUAAAUAUAAAAAACUAUAUAUAUUUAAUGUAUUUAUUAUAAUUUUCUGUUGAUCAAGUAAUUGGUUUAUUGGCUUUUUUUCUUUUGGCUGUAAUAAUAAUAAUGUAUUCAUUUAAAUAUUUGUAUUUAUUUAUUGGAAUUUACUAAAAAAACACACUAGUGCUUUUUUAAUUUUCUGUUUCAAGGUGAUGGAGUUUUAAUUUUUUUUUGCCGAACUUUAUUGACAGUUCAUUCGUUAAUUUACUCAUCUCUUGUUUUUUCUAACCUCAUUUUAAUCAUUUCCCAUCAUCCAUGCAUGCUUUAAUUUAGCGAAGCAGGAAGCAGGAGUCCGCUGGCUGUGCGGUUGUGUUGUUGUCAUCGUUGUUGUUGUUGUUUUCACUCAUCAAUGUGUUGUGUUUUACAUUUCAAUGCAUCUUAUUGUUUCUUACCCCUCCUUUUUGUUUCUUUUAUUCAUCUCAGGGAAUACGAUCUCAGUCAAUGGACAUAGAAAACUUUGAAUCUGGGAGGUACAGGCUGCCCUCCAUUGAAUCCCUGGACAUUCCGGAAUGCAUACCGGUUGCCAAGGAUACCAGGCACGGCCAAUGGCUGCGCAGGAGGCGUCUGGACGGAGCGCUGAACCGAGUGCCCGUCGGAUUCUACCAGAAAGUCUGGAGGAUCCUGCAGAAAUGCCACGGUUUGUCCAUAGAGGGCUUUGUCCUUCCUUCUUCAACCACCAGAGAGAUGACACCAGGAGAGAUCAAGUUCUCGGUGCACGUGGAGACGGUGUUGAACCGCGUCCCUCAGCCCGAGUACCGGCAGCUGCUGGUGGAAGCCAUCUUGGUUCUCACCAUGCUGGCCGACGUGGAAAUCCCCAGCAUCGGAUCCAUCAUCCACGUGGAGAAGAUCGUGCACCUGGCCAACGACAUGUUCUACAAGGAUCAGAAGGACCUGGGAGCAGAGGAGCACAUCCUGGAGCGAGACCCGUCCACAGGAGUGUGCCGGCUGCUGUACGACAGCGCCCCCAGUGGUCGUUUCGGCAGCAUGACCUACCUCACCAAGGCCGUGGCGGUGUACGUUCAGGACUUCCUGCCCAGCGGAUCCUGUGCAGUGCAGUGAGAGAGCACGUGAAACCUGAAACCUGAAAAAGAAACCACUCAGUAGAAAACGCUGCUAAAGCUACUAUUUGCAGCAUUUUUUUACAUUCAAGGAAAUAACAGGACAUCUGCUGUAUAUUGUCAUUAUGUGUGUUAAUGCAGAGUGUAAGCAAAUCAUAUCGAACUUUAACAACACAUGAAUUGUGAUGUAUGCUUUUAGAUAAAACAUGUAUUUGUUGAAGGGGCAUUGACACACAGUCAUCAUGCAAAGAGUGUUUCCUUAUCCUCUGAGCACAGGUCAUUACAAAAAAAGUCAAAGGACCUGAAACACUGCAGGCACUGGAGCAAUAAUACACAUUUGGUGCUUACGUGAAGAGUUACUGCAGCAGGACAGUAAUAAAGAAUAAAAUACAAAUUCAACAUAUCUUUUGUUGACAAUCAGAAAAAUAUAUUUUACCGCCAAACU